AGAUCUCCCUACAUGUUUCACACAGUACAUUGCACUUUAAACCAAGUAUUUUCCUCUCAAUCACGGAUCAGAAACUCGCACCUUUGGUCGACUACCGGAUAAUCAGUGGACUUCUCUUGUCACCUGCACCGGGCUCAUGUAGAUUUUACUGGACAGAGCUUGCUGGAAGAGAUAUUGACUCCAGAUCCUAACCAGGAAGAUCAGACCUAUUUAGCCGGGGUCCUGCAGACAGCAACAUGCCGAGCACCUCCGCCCUGACUGCUCUGCUUCUUACUCUGCUGGUUGUUGACUCUUCUUACGGCACAGUCUUGCUGUCUGCCAAGGAUGCUGCCCAGUUCCUAAGCCACAGACAGAGGAGAGCUUACCAGGUCUUUGAGGAGACCAAACAGGGUCACUUGGAGAGGGAGUGUGUGGAAGAAAAAUGCAGCAAAGAGGAGGCCAGAGAGGUCUUUGAGAAUGACCUGGAAACGGACUAUUUUUACCCCAGAUAUUUAGAAUGUAUUAAUCGGUUUGGACCCCCACACAGACCAGACCCAGGUCUCACAACAUGUAUACACAAUUUGCAAGACCAAUGUUCUCCAGACCCAUGUCACAAGACUGGUUCCAGCUUAUGCACAGAUCUGCGCGGGGAUUUCUACUGUCAUUGCAAAAGAGGAUGGACAGGGAAGACGUGCAACAAAGAUGUAAAUGAAUGUGAAAUACUGAAUGGAGGAUGCAGUCACCUGUGUGUCAAUAAUCCUGGAACAUACCAUUGUGUGUGCCCGAGUGGCUACCAGCUUCUUGCCAACAAUAAAACCUGUGUAGACAUUAAUGAAUGCUCAAUAUCACCAAGCAUAUGUGGAACCGCACAGUGUAAAAACAUGCCUAGCACUUACGCAUGUCUUUGUGAAGAUGGAUACAAAUAUGAUGAAUCAACUAAAAGUUGUCAAGACAUAAAUGAAUGUGAAGAGCAGCGAUGUGAACAGGCUUGUGUCAACUCUCCAGGAAGCUAUAACUGCCACUGCGAUGGAAGAGGAGGUGUUAAAUUAUCCUAUAACAUGAACACGUGUGAGGAUAUUGUACCUUGUCUUCCAUUUGCUACUGAAAAGAGCGUAAAAUCACUUUACCUUGGCAGAAUGUUCAGUGGUACCCCUGUCAUCCGGCUGAGAUUCAAGCGAAAACAACGCACCAGACUUGUGGCAGAGUUCGACUUUAGAACAUUUGAUCCUGAAGGUGUACUUUUCUUUGCUGGAGGCCAUCAAGACAGCUCAUGGAUUGUCCUGGCUCUGCGCAAUGGGAAGCUUGAAUUGCAGCUGAAGUACAACGGAAUAGGCAGAGUUACCAGCAGUGGGCCAACUAUAAAUCAUGGCAUGUGGCAAACGAUUUCUGUUGAGGAACUAGAGCGUAAUUUAAUUAUAAAGGUCAAUAAAGAUGCCGUCAUGAAAAUAGCGGUGUCUGGAGAUCUGUUUACUCUAGACAAAGGAUUAUAUCAGCUGAAUUUAACAGUAGGCGGCAUUCCCUUUAAAAGCAGCGAGCUGAUUCAGUCGAUGAAUCCGCGUCUCGAUGGUUGUAUGCGAGGUUGGAAUUGGUUAAAUGGUGAAGAUACUUCUAUACAAGAGGCCGUGCGGAUGACUGAAAAAAUGCAGUGUUUCUUAGUUGCUGGAAGAGGUUCUUUUUAUCCUGGCAAAGGAUUUGCUCACUUCAACAUUGAUUACACAUAUGCAUCCAAUGAGGAGGAAUCAGAGAAAGAUUGGAGAGUAGAAGUUAGUGCUGAAAUAACUCCAGCUACUGACACAGGAGUAAUCUUUGCUUUGGUCUCAGAAGAAAAGACCGUCCCCUUAUCUCUAGCCCUUGUUGAUUACCAUUCAACAUCAAAAAUAAAGAGACAGUUUGUAAUCCUUUCAGUUGAGAGCCUUGUGGUUUACAGAAUGGAAGUGAAUGCCUGUGAGGGAGAGCACUCAGUGGAGGUUUCUGUAAGCAAAGAUCAAAUGCUUCUUACCUUUGAUGGUGUAGCUGGACAACAGGAAGUCCAUGGCUCCGAACUGAAACUCAUCUUCUCCAUUUUAAAUGUCUACAUGCAAAAGGGUGUGAAGACCUACGUAGGAGGAUUACCAGAUGUUGCUGUCACUACCACGCCUGUUACUGCGUUCUAUCAUGGUUGCAUGACAAUGAGGAUCCUUCAGAAACAACUGGACUUGGAUGAUGCUGUACAUAAACACAAUGACAUCACAUCCCACUCAUGCCCUCCAAUUAAAUCUGACAAAUAGGUUAACUAGCUUUUCCUUUUUAUAAACAAAUAUUAAAAUGUUUUUAAUAUAAAUUAUUCUGACUUGCAGUAUUGUUUGUAUAGUUUCUAUAAAAACACUGAAGUUAUGUAGGACCUACUGAUUUUUACACCAUGUCCAGGAAUGGAUCAUUCUGCCUUGUGGUUUAAGUUUGUAAUAUAUUUGUAAAUAAUUUCUUAAUUGUCACAAUUUUGUGGUAAGUUCACUCUGUACAUCAUAUGGACAUUUGCGUUUUAAAGUACAAAUGGGAAUUGUAUUCUUGAUCUUGUUAUAACAUACUCAACUGGAAAGUUUUUUUUUGUUUUUUUUUAAAUUCAUUAUAUGUUAUCUAACAUAUACGUGAAUAAAAUAUUUACAUUUUUUUUACACUAA